AUUUUGCUGCUUCUACUAAUUUUUACAGUUCACGAUAUAACUAAAAUAGAUAAAAACAAAGAUGGAGAAAUGGUCCUAAAAUAAUUCGAAUCAUACAACUUUUGGUGCUGGAGGAAUUUUAUGCCUAUAUUUAUAUUCUUGAAUGUUACUAAAGCUUUAAAUACUGAUUUCCAACAAAAUUAUGUUAUCGAAGAAAUCCACACACUGGCAGAAGUUUCCAAGAUUUUUUGGACAAAAAGUUAUGUAGAAACAAAGCACCUAGGCUAUGAUUUUGACGUCACAAUCAUUUCUAAUGGGUAGGAGCUUUUUGGAUGUAAUAUGGCGUAGACAGAUUAUUUGACGUCACAAACGAUCUUGAUUGAUAUAAAAGAGGGUGCAUCGUGAACAAGAUAACUUUGUGAAGAGUAUCGUAAUCAAUGCGGUGUUCUGCAGAGAUCUGAUAAAAAGUGAGAAUAUUGUUUCGAGAAGAUAUCUUCGUAUCUACAAGAAUCUUCGUGAAUCUUCGUGAAUCUACGUGAAUCUACGUGCAUCUACGCGAGCUAUCGUUGGCGAUACGUGUAUUGAUCAGCAUGUCGUUGAAACUGGAAGAAAAAAUGGCCGAAGGUGACUCGACUUUAGUGGAGAAACUGAUCAGCGAACUGGAGACGACGAAGAAAGAAGCGAGCAAGCUAAAAGAACUGAACGGAGUUUUGGUGAAAAAAUCCAAAGAGCGAGAAAGGGCAUUCAAGUUAGAGAAGGACCAGUGCAAAAUGGAGAUAAAUGAUCUCAAAAUGCAAAUGAGUGGCUUGACAGAAGUACUAAACUAUCAACAAGACAUGGCGGAUGAGUUGGUACAACGUGAGCCAGAGAAAGUCAAGAAAUUAAAACGUCAGAAAAAGGAGUUGACUGACAAGUGUCAAGAGAAGGAGAAGCAGUUAGAAGGAAUAAAGAAAAGUUUACAAGAAAUGAAAGUUGCCUUUGAAAGGAAGAAAACCGAAAACAAAGAAAUCAAAGAGGCAAUGCUGGAAUUGAAAGGAGAAAACAUCAAACUCCUCAGUAAAAAUUCUCUACUUGAAGGUCAUCUUGAAGAGCAAGAAAAUAACCUUGCCAAGAAAGAAGACGAAAUUUUGGAUCUCAAACAUGAGAUAGAAGAGCUUAAAAACAAAAUGCAAAAAGACAAGACAUGCAUUGCUCGACAAGCAUCGAUCAUUUCUAACCAGGAGGCAACGAUCGAGCAGAUGGAGGUUGAUGCAGUCAAAAAGGAUCUGAGAAUAUGGGAGCUCAAGCACGAAAUGAAGGAAGCCAACACCAAAAUUACAAAAGAAGUGGCUGAAAUUACUGUAAAGAACGUCAUCAGGGAAGCAGAAGACAAGGCUCAAAUUUUGAAUCUGGGGAACAAAAAUAUCUCACUCAGGUCAGAAAUUGAAUCUUUGAUGCAGAAAACAGAAAGGCUGGAGAAAUUAGUUACCGACCUGCAGGACAAUGCACAAAAAAUGGCAGCCACAGCUGAAUCAAAGAUCAGAGAAAUGGCUGACGAAAUUCAAGGAGCCACUACGAGGGCGAAAACUACAGAAAAGAGGGCAAACGAGCUUGAAUCAUGUCUCAACGAGACAACUGAAUCAUUGGCAAAUGCUACGGAGCAAAUCGAAGUCACAAUGCAAGAAAAAGAUGCCCUUCUUGUCAGCCUGAAGGAGAAGGACCAGGCUUUGAAGUGGCAGCUACGUGAAAACAAGCAAAUGAGGUAUGAGAUUGACAUUCAAGACAUGAGGAUCGAAAACAUGGCAGCGAGGCUUAAAAACAUUGCACAGAUUUGCUUGGGUACCCCAGAGCUUAAUGGGGGCAGUGAAGAGAGGCUGGAUCAAAUGAUCGAAAGAAUACAAGGGAUGCAGGAAACAUUGGCAAAAGUGGAAGUGAAAAAGAAGACUUUUGUUAAAAGACUUUUUAAAAAAUUUCGCAGUGCAAACAGACUUCAAUAAACAUAAGAAAACGCCAAUUUCCAUAUAGUAUUCAAACUUAUUUUUGAAUUUAGUUAUUUUUGAUUUGAGAUAAAAAGAUUGUGUCUAGAAAUAUUUUGUUUUUUUCUUGUUUCUUUCUUUCUGGUUCAAUUUGAUUAGAUCUUGGCUAUAUUCAUAUUAAGUUUUACUUUAAACGCAUCUCUUCAUUAAUUCAGAAUAUGGCUAUAUCAGAACAUAAUUAGCCACUAAGGCGGAUUUCCAGGAAAUUUUGAGGUGGUACGCAAAUUAUGAAUUUUCAUUUAUGAUAUCCCAACCUGCGUCUGGCACUAUCUUUGGAGUAUAAUAUAACACGGGAUGGUAACAUGGUUGCGUCUGAUAUUCUGUGGGGACUGGAGAUUAGUUACGUCAGUAGAAUUGAGCUCCAGUAUUCAGGGCAGAAGGCUUCCGCAGAACGUUCUUCUUUGUAUAUUUGCGGUGAAGAUUAUUGAUGAAGCCAGGUUAUUGGGCUGCUGCCUCGAGAUAUAGCAUUUGAUCUAAAACCUUUUUUGGAGUCAAAUACUCAGGAAUUGAUGCGUAGUAUUAUAGAAUCAAAUGCAACCUAAAAUUUCAACUACUAUGAAUUUCAGAAGGUUAGGAAAGCAAACAACGAGCAUAACAGAGUAGCAGGCUUAGAUUAUCUUUGACUUUUUUAGAGUAGUAAAUAAAGUGCUUUCCUUUCAAAAGACAAAUUUAUUUUGAUGAUUCGAAGCAGAUUGUUUCUAAUUAAUGCGAGCCUCUCUUUCGCCCUUUGAAAUCGAGAUAUGAAUGGGGGAAUAAAGAAGACAUGAAAUGAAGGAAAAGAGAAGACAAUUUCGGGGUUUCGAAUAGACCUUUUUUGUGAUAUUAUGUUAGUCAGUAGGAAAAUCGAAACAGUGAUCAAUAUGUAUCACAGGUAGCAAGGAGCCAAAUCAAAAUACCUUGAUAUCAAGGUUUUGAAGCAAUGAUAUUAUGUUUCAGUUAUUGAUGGAACCUUGCUUUUUACGUUAUAUGUGUAUGUUUUGGAACUGUGCGUUCUAUAUUGUGUAACAAUCUCGUAACUGCUGGAUGCAGUAUUUCAUCAAAAAAAGUUCUGACAAAAAUCAAUAAGUGCUUCUUAGGAAACAGGAACUCCUUUUGAAUGUUCUCUGCAACUGCACUGCAGUAAGGAAUAAGUGGAGAAAGCUUUGUGACAUUCGCAUUACUUGCCAAAGGACCAUUUGCCUUCACACCAUUGGAAAAUAUUAACUAUACAAAGGAAUCUAGAGGAAGUAUAACUUAGAUUCAAGCUGAGAAAAUACACAAGGCAUGAUCACAAGAAACAGGACUGAUGAAUGAGAAUGAUUCUUAAUUAGUAAGAUGGCAUUUGUAGAAUAGGAUGGCUUUCUGUUUUUGUAAAAUGUUCAACCAUCUUUCUGGUGCCUAUCAGCAUGAUUUUUAAUGCUUGAUGCUCAAGACCUAACCAAUCUGUUUCUAGAAAUCCCGUAUCAUAAUGUACCAAUCUGUUUCUAGGAAUCCCGUAUCAUAAUGUACCAAUCUUUUUCUAGGAAUCCCGUAUCAUAAUGUACCAAUCUGU